AUGAUGUCAGGGAUCGUUGAAGUUGAGUUGCCUCGCUAUACCAUAACUCCUCUCGACCGGGAAGAAGAUGAGGAAUAUUGGAAGCUUAAUCCAAACCGGUCCAGCCUCAUUGGAGGUUCAUGGUCGUAUUUUCACUGGAACUGCCUGGUUACUGGCAAAAAACUAUACCGGAUCCAAUACAAGGAUGAACUACUCGUCCCUCAGGCAGAGAUUGAUUUUGAUGAGCUGAUCGGAUUCCUACUAGAUCGUGGGGCUGUACCCGAUGAAAAUGGCUGGAACAUGUUGAGAACAAGUGGGCUGUGGACCCCGGCUGGAACAGUCUUACUACGAUCGCCUCUGAGCGGAUUUGGAGCUGUUUUAAGGACGAGUGUACCUGAUGAUUCAGAUGGUGUUCUGAGUCUUAAGGUUCAUUGGCAAUGUGAUUGGGACCAGCGUGAUAAACAUUGCCUACCGCCAUUUUGGAUGCGGAUCGAUCAACCGAAACUGUUCGGUGGUGGAACAUAUUCAAGCACAGAGUUUAUCUCAAGAGACAGUGGAGGAAUUGAUGAUAAAGAUGGUGCAGAGCUGCUAUCUGAGGGCGAUGACUCCGCGCCUCCAGCUACAGUUCCAUCACUACUGGCUCAUAUCGAAGAAAAGCGUGCUUCACUUGACAGCACCGACUCCAGCAGCGACAGCAUUCGAUUCCGCAUCGAAAGUGAUACCGUUGAGAAAAUCUACCUUGAACAGGACCAUUUACUCACCGGGAGGACGGCGGAGAUGGGUCAUUCAGGUGACGCAAUCAACCAGUGGUUCGUCUAUACUGCCUCGUCAUUAGGCCACAUUGAAAAAGCAGGAACAUGGAGCUUUGCACUACCACAAAACAUUUUACUGGCAGCAAGUAGGGAAGCUGUCCCAUGUGGUAUUAUGGAGCUGCUAGGGAUCAUGCAGGGAGACGAAUUGCCACACUGGGCAUCUCCACGACCACAGUUUAAUGACCAUAUGAAGUUCCAUAACAGGUUUCUUGAGGAUCUAUGGGCCAAGGAGGUUGAGAAAACAAUGCCGCCGGCUCAAGCUGAGGCGUCUCGCCGGGCCAGAGAACAGGCGAGAUGGGCGGCAAUGCGAAACGACCAUGCCGAAGAAAUGAGGCUUAUGCGUGAGUAUGAAGAGAAGCGCGGAGUGGAGGCAUUGACGUCUCCUAAGUUGAGUAAUAAGGACAUUGCAGAUGCCUGCUUGAGGUGGCUGAUUCCAUCCAAGCCAAGUCAAUUGCUCAGCUGUGUGAUCGUUGGACGAUCUGGCAUCAGUCUCCAGGCAUGA